AUGAUUGCUCUCAUCUCGGUCCUUCUAGCCCUCCUGGCUCCACAAGCCAAUGCUGCAAUUUCUGGAGAACUCAAUUGCACUACGUACAAUGGAACAGCGUUUGUCUACACCCCUGCCGCUGUUGCCUGUUCCAAUGCAAUCUCUGAUGCCUCUUGUGCCGUUCUCUACCCAGCCACAGACGCAGCUAUCGGAUGGCCAGGAGCUGGAAAUGACAACGAAAGACCACUUGCCUGUUACACCACCGCUACUGCCACCCCAGCUGCUGUUGUUCCAGAUAUGGUGUCGGCUGCAUUGAAGAACUGUGCAAAGACCUGUGGAUUGUGCUGUAAGACUGAUGCAUACAACUGCCCGAAUGUUCAAUUCCCACGUCUCAACUGCGCAACCAUCACUCAAUCUCAAUGUAUGUCACCAACCUGGAGAACCAUCAUCGCUGUCGAUUGUCCAUCUUCGUGUGGAUUCUGUAACCAGGGAGGAUGUGUGGAUGCUAUUCUGGACUGUGCUAAUGAUCUUUCUAUCUGCACUGAUUCUCGAACCCAAGACUUUGUGAACGUCAACUGCCAAAGAACUUGCAACAGAUGUGCUUCUUCUACAGCUUCAUCUGGAACUGGAACAGGAACUUGCUCGACUUACAUCGCUGACUCCAGCACUGCUUGCGCCGCAUGGUCUGGAAAUGGAUUCUGUACCAACACCUUCUACACAGUUGCCCAACGCAGAUCCUAUUGCGCAACCACUUGCAGACUCUGUUAA